GCCAGCCUGGGUUAAAGUAGGAAGUGAAGCUGUAAGAAAACAAAGCUAACAACGAAGCUAACUCUGAUAACUGCGCUCUUUUGCCGAUGUUUAAAGUUGUUAACCUGAGAUAACUAUCUUAUUGGUCCGUGGAUUGUAUUCUGUGCUGUUUAGAGCCUGUUUGCUGUCAUGUUUGGUGUGGUUGAAACAGGAGGCGGCUCUUCUCGGCAGACUGUCUCCUCUGGACAACAUUAUUUGGCCUGAGUCUUCGCAGCUGGUCUGUUCGUAAACUGGCUGGGGUUGCUCUCCCGGCUCGGGGAACAGUAAUGCACAGCUCAGGAGUGUCCCAGGACCCUUUGCAGGGUCCCACAGACCGAGGAGAACUGGUCCAUUCACUGUCUAAAGAAACAGCUGGCUCUCCUGACCCCUCUGAGCUAGGGAGUCCACGCUCUACCCCGAACUUUGACCUUUUGAACAUGGUGGUGUCCUAUAAGAGGAUAGUGUUGUUCCUGGAGCCUGUGGCAGAUGCUCUGGAGUUGACUCGCUUCCUGCUCGGAUGGAGGAUGCCGCUGUGUUCCCUGCUUGUCUGCAUAUUUCUCAAUAUUUUCUUCUGUACUGUAAAUGAAGUGGGCUGGUUCACAGUGGGAGUGGUGGCCGUGUCGUUGCCUGCUGCCUUUGGUUACCUGCAGGACAGGUGCAUGGGUAGAGCGUCAGAAGCAGAGCUCCAGAGGAGGCGCUACCAUGCUGUGCACCGCAGGGACCUGCACAAUGUGCACAUCACAAAACAAGAGGCCAUGAUGGAAGUCAAAGAUCUGUUAAAACACCUCGAUGACCUGCUGUCUUCAGCCUGUCUUUCUGCAGAGGCUGUUUACAAAGUCCUCUACUGGGACAACCAUACUACUUCAUCAAGAUUUUACGGAGGGUUUUUGAUCGUGGUUUAUUUGCUCUACAUUACUCCUCUGGGCUGGGUGUUGGCAUGUCUCAACAGUGCCAUUUUUCUCUGGAACAAUGACUUCUAUAGAGUUCUGAUAAACUUGAAAAGUAUCUUCCAAAUGGGGUCAUCAAAUCCCUGUGAGGGGGCAUGUGAGGAACAGGACCACAGUCACUUGAUAGAAAGGACGCCCACACCAACCAGUGUGGAGGACUUGUCUCCUGGAAGUGUUGAGGAAGCUGAGGAGGCGGAGCCUGAUGAUGACUUCAAAGAUGCUAUUGAGGAGGGUUCAGUUUCUCUGCAGGAAGAUGAUGACAGUGGUCUUGGUGCACAGGAGUUUGACACCAUUUCUGAAAAUGGUCUUCUGAGUCGUAAUGAGCCCAUUCGCAGUAAAGUGUCAAAGCUAACCGAAAGAUUGCGCAAGCGCUACCCUGCAACCAGCACAGGAAACUGUUCAAGCUGUAACGCUGUCUUCUCAGUUCUGAAGAAAAGGAGAAAUUGCAGUAACUGUGGCAACAGCUUCUGCUCACGAUGCUGUUCAUUUAAGGUGCUGAGAUCUUCUAUGGGGGCAACUGCUCCAGAGGCCCAAAGAGAGACUGUGUUUGUCUGUGCCACCUGUAAUUCUUUACUUGUCAAGUUACAAUGAGACUCAUCUUCUCACCCAGUGGUCAGUCAUUCACUGUGUAUACUGCGGUUUUACACAAGACUUUUCUGUUCCAAAUCACACCCCACUGGACAUCCCUUUUGCCUUUUUUAAUAUUUACGUUGCUUUUGGUAUGGUAUUGUGUGUGCAUUUUUAACUGGACCUACUACUGAACAAAAUGGUUUCCUGGUCAUUUCCUCCUUUGCUGUGCAGAGGUCUAUUGCAAGUCUGUAUAUCCAAUAUUUGGGGUUUUGCGUUUUAAUUUGUCAGUGAUUUUGCUUUUAAGUGCUUUCCGUAAUGUGGGGGCCUCUUAAUUUGUAUUUAUCAUAAUCGAUUGCCCAGUGCAGCAACAAAACAGUACCAACAAGUGUAAUUAUUUUAAUUAUUGCGGCUUUCAAUUCAGAAAAUGAUGGGUAAAUGGUUGAAAAAGCAUACAUACAUCUGCACUCAUAAUGCAGUGUAUAUUAACUUUUGUACAAGUUUUAAAACCUUUUUAAAAAAAAGCAACAGUUACCUUGUUUUGUCCACCAGCCUGGUCUGUGCAUUUGGACUUUCUGUUUCUGACUGUGGCUUCACCCGCCUGAGGGGAUUAAGAUGCACAAAUGGAGUGUGACAUAACUAUGAUUAUCUUCCGUGAGUUUAUCAUUCAUUACAGGCUUGGUAUUUUUGAAUGUGUUUAUGGGUGAUUUGUGGGUUUAAGGCAUCGUUAUAUUUUUAUUUAGGGGAGCCAUUUUUGUCUUUACCCAUCAUUUUAUAUGGAGCAUAAAAGCACAAGAGGAUGCUGUAUUUCCCACUGGUUAUUUACAUCCAUAAAUAGACAGGACAACCACUUAAAACAGGCGUCAUGUUCUUAAGCAGGACUUUAAGAAACGAUGCCAUUGCUGUAAUUUUACCCAUGAAUUUUGGAGGACAAUUUUACCCAUGAUUCAGAGACGGAUGAUUGUAAUUAUAUGCUCUGCUAUUAUUGUAAUCGUGUCUUUAAAUGUUCUAUUACAUAGCUAAUAUAUUUAAUUUAAAAUGCAGGCAAGUACAAGUCAUUUGACAAAGGCCUAAUUAUUAUUUUAUGUGUAUAUUGCCACUGGUUUAUGUUUUAACUGUCAUUAAUUAACAAUAAAUCAUUUUGAAUAACUA